AUGGCGGACUCCGAAGAAGAUUAUUCCUCACUGCCGCUUGCUGACAGAGUUACCCACAAAAUAUGGAAAGUCCGCAAGCAAGCAUACGAAGAUACUACUAAAGAAUUCGAAAGAUCUGGCUCCGAAACCGACGGCUGUUUCCGACUCUGGCUGAACGAUGCUUCCAUCUGGAAAGGCAUCGUUGCUGAUUCAAACGUUGCAGCCCAGCAAGAAGGGAUAAAUUGCCUGCAUGCUUUCCUACAAUUUGGAGGUACAAAUGCUGGCGCUCGCUCCCGACCACACACGAUUCCGGCACUGGCAGAAAAGGGUAUCGUUUCCACAAAAGCCGCCACCAAGGCAAAAGCAAUCGAUGUCUUGUUGUUAUACAUCGAACUGGAUACACCUGCUCCUAUUAUUGAAGACUUGUUGCCCUUCCUAUCUCACAAGAUGCCCAAGGUAGUGGCGGCGACAACCAACGUCUUGUUUGCCAUCUAUAGAGAAUUCGGCGCCAAAACCGCGAACCCAAAACCCGUGCUUCAGCAACUUCCCAAACUUUUCGCUCAUGGUGAUAAAAACGUUCGUGCGGAGGCUGUGAAUCUCACUGUCGAGCUCUACAAGUGGCUAAAGGAUGGGAUGAAGCCUAUGUUUUUUAACGACCUAAAACCAGUGCAACAAAAAGAGUUAGACGAAGCAUUCGAAAAGGUAAAGGGUGAACCUGCAAAGCAAGCACGUUUCCUUCGCUCUCAGCAGGCAGCACUUGCCGAAUCAGCAGCCGCUGAAAACGAGGAUGAAGCCGGAGAGCCUGAGGGAGAGCCGGAUACAUUUGAUCUUUUUGAACCCGUGGAUAUCUCCAACAAAAUCCCUAAGGAAUUCUGGGACCAAGUCAACUCCACAAAGUGGAAGGACAGGAAGGAAAGCUUAGAUGUGCUCUAUGGGAUAGUCAAUGUUCCUCGCAUCAAAGAAGAGGAAUUUUCCGAAUUGAUACGGGUCCUCGCAAAAAGUAUGAAAGACGCCAACAUCACGGUUGUCAUAGUUGCAGCAAAUUGCGUUGAAUGCAUUGCUAAAGGAUUACGAACUGCGUUUGCGAAAUACCGCUCUACCAUCUUUGUACCCACUGCAGAGCGCCUCAAAGAAAAGAAACAGGCCGUCGCCGAUGCGCUCGGGGCAGCACUUGACAGCAUUUUCAACUCUACCUCUCUCACGGAUAUCCUAGAGGACACCAUGGAGCUUUUGAAAAAUAAAAACCCUCAAGUUAAACUCGAAUCAUUGCGGUUUUUGAUCCGUUGCCUCAGAAACACUAGAACAGCCCCUUCAAAACCUGAGGUUAAAAUGAUCUCUGAUACUGUGACAAAAUUAUUAGCAGAUACUCUAGAGGCUACUCGCGCGGCUGCUGCAGAAGCCAUGGGAACAUUAAUGAAAAUCAUGGGAGAGAGGGCGAUGAACCCAUUCAUUGAUGGACUUGAUGAAAUUCGGAAAGCGAAGAUCAAAGAGUUCUUUGAAAGUGCUCAGGUUAAGGCGAAAGACAAACCACCGGCUCCCAUCGCACCACAGGCAGCUGGACCAUCGAAACCGCCAUCAAAAAAAAAGAUUGUACCAAAAAGCGCAGCGACCCAGUCGCAGCCAAGUCGGGCUCUAGGGGUACCGGCGACAGCCGCCGCGGGCCGUGGGGUACCGGAUGAAGGGACGACCCCGGUUAAAAAGGCACCAGUUGUCCAAAAGCUCGCCUCAAAAUCGCAAGUUUCGAAGCUAGGCAGGAAACCUCAGCCAGCUUUGACGUCUCCAACCCGGUCAGCAGCAGCAACAGACGACAAUGCGGCAACUAACCCCCCUAGCCACCCGAAGCUUGGUCUUGGCAACCGGGGAGGGCUUACCUCAAGGACGCUCCAGGCACCCCAGUCUAACGGGAAAAGUGCGGAAACACCCAGGGCAGCUGAUUCACCAAGCUUUGCCGCAGAGAAGGCAGAACUGGAACGCCUUAGAUCUGAGCGCGAAAACUGGAUCACCGAGAAUAUGAACCAUCGUGCGGAAAAGGAGAAGCUAUUACACGAACUCAGUGACAUAAGAUUACAGAAUGCGCAAUUGAUCGAGGAGCACACGCACGACGUACUUUCCAUCAAAGCGAAGGAAACACAACUACUUCGGCUACGGUCAGACCUCCAAACGGCUGAAGAGAAUCUUGAAAAGAAGCAGCGAGAGGUCGACCGUUUGAAGCGAGAGCUCGCACGAUUUAGUCGAGCUAGCUCGCCCGCGGCUACAGACCUUGGGGACGCCUUAACUCACGAUUCAUUCGGUGGCUAUUCCCGAGAUCGAACGGUAAGCGCGACUAGUAUUUCAGGACUCAGCGACCAUAACAGAGCUAGCGGUCUUUCUCGUCCCCGUAACCGAUCGAGCCUCGCUGGACCCCCAUCGUACAGUCUAGAUGAUAGUCCAAGCAUGUACCCAUCGCGCGAUAGUAUGCGAAGCCCCAUUUCAGAUUCUGGAUCCAACGGGGGUAAGGUGCAGGGAUCGAGAUCGGAUUCUGAGGUUCGAUCAGGAGAAAUUACAGACCCAAAUGAAAACUGGAAGAGGGCAGCCCAAGUUACAUCGCAGUUAAAAAUGCGUAUAGAGCAAAUGAAAGCUAGACAACAUAUGCGUGGUGUGUCUUAG